UCCUCCGAUUUCCUCCCAUCUCUCUCUUACUCUACUUCUCUCUCUCUCUCUCUCCUUCUUCUCAAUCUCUUGCGAGAUUCUGAGCGCAGCAUAUUCGAUCCCUUACCUUCCUUUUCCCUUUCAAUUUUUUUUUUUUUUUUUGGGAAUUUUAAAUUUUAAAUUUUUUUACCGAUUUAUUUAGGGCAAUUUUAUACUUUUACCCCUUAUUUUCCAACCUAUUAAAUUUUGCCCAGUUUGUUUGUGUGGUAGCGUUUGGUGCUUAGCUGCUGACGUGGGAUGCACCCAAAACGGCACCAUGAACACCAAAACGAUGCGCCUUCCUCCCCGUCGCGUGUUGACGCCCAAUGCCAUAAACAACAAGCGCAAGGACAGAGAGGAAUUCGAUGCCCUCAAGCCGCCGCCGCCGCCGACGAAACUGCCCAAGCCGGAUGCGCCGCAAGCCGAGCCGAUCAGCCCGUCUAAUCAGCUCCUGGCUGGGUACCUGGCCCACGAGUUCCUCACCAGAGGUACGUUGUUCGGUCAACCGUGGGAUCCAGCCAAAAACGAGGUCCCUCCGGUGUCGCCGCCGAAGAAGAGAGCGAAGCCGAGCCGGAACGGCGAAGCGGAGCCGAGCGUUGGACAGCUGGAGGAUUACCAAAGGUACGUGGAAGUAGCAAGUUUGCUGAAAAUGGAUGGGGCCCACCUACCUGGCAUUGUGAACCCCACACAGCUCGCUGGCUUCUUGCAGUUGUGAUGCGUGGAGCGACUCUAUUGGUUCCUCCAAAUUACAACAACAAAAAAAAGAAGAGAGAAAAAUCUUCUAUUUUUUUUUUUAAUUUAAUUCACCACCCCCCCCCCCCCCCCCCUUUUUUUUUUCCUCUUUUCAUUAACUUUUUGUUAACUUAAAUAGUUUGUAUUCAUGUAUUUAAUAUGCAUGAGGCAUGCAUGCAUUCAUGCGAAUCUGAUCCUUCUGUGUGAAUAUUAAGACUAAGAAGCAUGCUUAGAAAGACAUGCAUAUCGGAUUCCAUGAACAAAUUUUGUGUAA